GUAAAGCCACUCCCGGCAGUAGCAUGGCAGCGGCGGUGAACUUUAACCAGAGUGUUUAUAUUUCUGCUGCUGCCGGAGGAGUGGCUCCAUGAUAAACGAACAGAUCUCCACAGUGCUAGCGGAGUUGCAGGACAUGAUUAUGGGGAGCACUCUGGCCAAAUGUGCUGCCACUGACCUAGGCAUCCAGUGGGCAGGCUGGGCUCUGGCUGCUGCCUUCAAAACCGAGAAGUUUUAUGAUCUGGCAGGAUCCGGCACUUUUAUACUGCUGGCCCACCUGAGUCGUAUCUGGGGAGGAGCCAGCCACAUCCGCCAGAAGGUGCAGACUGGGUGUGUGACAGCAUGGGGACUCAGGCUGGGGACAUUCCUCUUCAUGCGAAUCUUGAAGGACGGGCAUGAUCGCAGGUUCAACAAUGUCAGAGACAGCCCAGGGACUUUUUUUGUCUACUGGACCAUUCAAGCAUUGUGGGUAUUUAUGACCCUCCUGCCUACCCUCAUGCUAAACAGCGAGAAGCGGGAUGUGCCUCUGGGAACAAGGGACUACGUUGGCUGGACAAUUUGGGGCCUUGGUUUUAUUACUGAAGCUAUUGCUGACCAGCAGAAAUGGGUUUUUAAGAGUAACCCCGACAAUGCUGGGAAGUUCAUCCAGAGUGGACUGUGGGCCUACAGCAGACACCCCAACUAUUUCGGGGAGAUCCUGCAGUGGUCAGGUCUCUGGCUCACGGCGUCCUCAGUGAUGCAGGGCCCUCAGUAUCUGAGUGUGGCGUCGCCUCUCUUCGUCUGGUUCCUGCUGCGGUACGUCAGCGGUAUCCCCAUCCUGGAGAAACAGGCGAUGAAGAAAUGGGGGUCUGAUCCGGCCUUCCAGGACUACAUCAGGAACACUCCUCUGCUCUGGCCAUGGCCCAAAUGUUGAUGUUUUCUACGUUUGUGAUAAAUUAAUAUUUUCUCAACUGUUGUACCAAUAAAUACCUCAAAAAAGA